GCAUACGGAGGCGACUCGCUUCCUUCCCGCCCCUCCGCCGCGCUCUUCUUCCCUCCUUCUCCAGUCCCUUCACUCUGCGUCUUCUAUCCCCCGUUCCUUCCCAGCGGACCCCUCCUCCGAGACUCCCUCGUGGGGCUCCCAGCUCCCGGGUGCUCUGCCCUUGCCAAGCGCGUUUUCUGGAGUCACCUGGGGGAGGGGGGUCCUGGGUAGGGCUGGGUUGGGGAGGACGCCUGGGGCACUGCCCCGCGCUAACAAAGGGAGCCGGUACCGACCGACCGGCGUGGGCGUGGAGCGGGCGGAGCAACAGUAGCCUCCGCGGCCGAGAGUGCAGCGUGCGAGGGUAGAGCCAAUUGUGCAGAGCCCUGCAGCCGGCAGUCCAGGGAGAAGUGGUGAAUGUCAUGGAGCCCAGCUGAAAUGGACCGGCCCCCUUGAGCCUGACCCAAGCCCACCAGCUUUCCAUCCCAGUGCUGAGGCUUGUUUUCCUGCUCGGAACAAAGUGGCUUCCCUGAACACAUCUUCAUUAUGAUUCACACCAACUUGAAGAAAAAGUUCAGCUGCUGUGUCCUGGUCUUUCUUCUGUUUGCUAUCAUCUGUGUGUGGAAGGAAAAGAAGAAAGGGAGUUACUAUGAUUCCCUUAAAUUGCAAACCAAGGAAAUCCAGGUGCUGAAGAGUCUGGGGAAAUUGGCCAUGAGGUCUGAUUCCCAGUCUGUAUCCUCAAGCAGCACCCAGGACCCCCACAGGGGCAGUCAGACCCUUGGCAGUUUCAGAGGCCCAGCCAAGGCCAAACCAGAGGCCUCCUUCCAGGUGUGGAACAAGGACAGCUCUUCCAAAAACCUUAUCCCUAGGCUGCAAAAGAUCUGGAGGAAUUACCUAAACAUGAACAAGUACAGAGUGUCCUACAAGGGGCCAGGACCCGGCAUCAAGUACAGUGCAGAGGCCCUGCUCUGCCACCUCCGGGACCACGUGAACGUAUCCAUGGUAGAGGCCACAGAUUUUCCCUUCAAUACCUCUGAAUGGGAGGGUUACCUGCCCAAGGAGAGCAUUAGGACCAAGGCUGGGCCUUGGGGCAGGUGUGCUGUUGUCUCAUCAGCAGGAUCUCUGAAGUCCUCCCAACUAGGCAGAGAAAUAGAUGAUCAUGAUGCAGUCCUGAGGUGUAAUGGGGCACCCACAGCCAACUUCCAACAAGAUGUGGGCACAAAAACUACCAUUCGCCUGAUGAACUCGCAGCUGGUCACCACAGAGCGGCGCUUCCUCACAGACAGUUUGUACAACGAAGGAAUCCUAAUUGUAUGGGACCCAUCUGUGUACCAUUCGGAUAUCCCGAAGUGGUACCAGAAUCCGGAUUAUAAUUUCUUCAAUAACUACAAGAGUUAUCGUAAGCUGCACCCCAAUCAGCCCUUUUACAUCCUCAAACCCCAGAUGCCUUGGGAGCUAUGGGACAUUCUUCAGGAAAUCUCCCCAGAAGAGAUUCAACCAAAUCCCCCAUCUUCUGGGAUGCUCGGUAUCAUCAUCAUGAUGACACUGUGUGACCAGGUGGAUAUUUAUGAGUUCCUUCCAUCCAAGCGCAGGACAGACGUGUGCUACUACCACCAGAAGUUCUUCGACAGUGCGUGCACGAUGGGCGCCUACCACCCACUGCUCUACGAGAAGAAUUUGGUGAAGCAUCUCAACAAGGGCACAGAUGAGGACAUCUACCUGUUUGGAAAGGCCACACUGCCUGGCUUCCGGACCAUUCAUUGCUAAGCAUAGGCUCCUCACUCUUCUCUAUCAGGCACUGAAUGGAUGGUCUUUGGCCACCCCAGCCUGGGAAGACCAUUUUCCUGAACAAUUCCAGCCUGCUCCUUUUACUCUAGGGGCCUCUGUCAGCAAGAGCACUGGGGCUUCAGGAGCCUGUGAUUCAAGAAAUCAGAUCCAGCCUUCCCUGUGGCCAGACAGUUUAUGAGCCCAGAGCCUCCUCCCACACACAUGCACAUAUACCUAGCAUUCUUUCCAGACAGCAUCCUCCCCACCUUCCACCGUGGUAGAUGCAAAAUCUACCUUUCCCAUCAGGGAUGCCAAAGCUGGGUUUCGUUUUUCCUAACAGAAUGAUGCCAUUCUUACAGACCAAUGCUCUAUAUUGCUUGAAAUCUGCAUCUAAAUAUUGAUUUCACGUUUUAAAGAAAUUCUCCCAAAUUACAAUUGUGCCCAAUGCAGGGUGGCUCUGGGGUGGGGGGGAGCAGGUAGGUGGUACAGGGGAUUGGAAACAUGCUCAACUCCUUCAGAACAAAGUUGCUCCCAAGGUCCAUGUCCCUGGAACAUGUUCCUAUCACUCUGGCUGGCUGGGCUGGUCCUUAGACUGGGUGCUUAUGAGCAAAGCGUCUUGAUUAGUCUUUUUCUCUCCAUGUGGAGAUGGAAGAUAUGGAAGGAUACAGUCUCAGUCCUCAAGUUGCUCCUGUUCAGUGAGAGAGACAGACAUCUGAACAGGCAGGUAGAAUUCAGUGUGCUCAGUGCACUGGGGACUUGUAGAGAGAGGGGCUUGCUCUCUGAGCACCCAGGAGGGCCACACACUUAAACUGUGUUUGUGGAUCACAGAAGACUUUGUAAUACCGGGGGCAUUCAAAUGAGUCUUAGAGGGAGAGAAGAAGCUUGGCAAGCAGAUUACAUCUGAGUCAUUUGACUUGUGUUUUUUUCUUCCAAUAUUUAUUCUCUAAGAUCUACCUAAACUUAGAGACUCAAGAUAUUUUUUUGAGGAAACCUCCUACCCAUGUCUGAGGUAGCAAGUGCAGCCUCAUGACAGAUACCAGGUAAUCCAGAUCCCCAAAACCUGAUUUCUCCAGGCUUGGCUGGGCCUGACCCUAUCCUACCAGCUGGGUUUGCACACCAUACUCCCACUCUUUUUUUUAAUACCUACCGCCAAAUCUCCUCCUAACCACCAUCUGUUUUGUUGUUGUUUUUUUUUCCUUUUCAAGUCAUCUUCCCCUCAGAAAUUUCUUUUAAGCAUUUAUUUUUUUGCUUUAAAAGCAUUGUGACCUCGAUUUAUUUGAGCUCAUGGGCCUUUGCAUGUCUCUCAGGGAGUAGUGGUGUGGCUCCCCAGACUUAUGUCAUCCUCAGAGGUCAGAACCUUGGAGAUUGUAACUGAUUCUCAUCAGGUGUGAGAAGUGUGAUAUCAGAUUGCAAUGCCCUGCACUUCUUCUUUGCAAGAAAGCAUCAUCAGGGCAAACAUGCUCUCCAGAUGGUUUUCCUAAGUCCCCUCUCCCUGACAGGAAAUCAUACUGGACCCAUGCAGUCCCUGGUGUGGAGCAGUUAAAAGACUUGCACAAGAUCACCAAGUCAUACUGUAGAGCUAGGAUUCCUAGAGCCAGGCCUCUGGACUCUCAAGGCUGGCACCAUGUGCUCAAGGGGAUCUAAUGUUUGGGCUCCACACCAACCAUCUUGGAGCUGGGAUCCUCACUCACUACCAAACCCUCAGCUUGUGUAGUUAGAAAGGCCUUGAUUUUCGAAUUGAUGCUCCCCUACUGACUAGCUAUGCCACUCUGGGCAAAUGCUCUUUCUUGAGCCUCUGUUUCCACAUCUGUGAAGUGGGGAUGAUGAUCCUAUCUCACAGUGCUGUGGUGAGGGUGACAGGAAAGCACCUGUCCUGGCUCUGCACCUGGUACAUAGUAGGUGCUCAGUACAUGCAGGUUUCCUUCCUGCCUUCAGUAGGGACCUGCUCUGUGUUCACACCUGAGCGGCAUGCACCCUGCUGUGACUGAGGCUAGUGGGGAAGAGGUCCUGUCCUCAGGGAAUUAACUGUCAUAUUGGGAGAUAACAACAACCCUCCUUGGAACACCCAAGAAACCAUGCAAAGCAGUGGACAGCACAGAACAUGCCCCUCCUCCUCGCUGCCCACAGCUCCAGUCUGAUUCUGCUUGGCAAUGGGCAGAGCAUGUGGGCUGCUUCACUGCUGUGUAGGACAAGUCCUUUACCCCUUUCUGGGCCCAUGAACUCCUGGCUUGGUUUAUGUUCUGAUUUGACACGCUGAUUUUAAUCUUCGAAUCAUGACCACUGAGUGCCGAGGAGGUACCAUUCUGACAGCUGGACAUCCAUGUUGGUGUGGAGACUGAGACGACACUGGGUAGAAUCUGGUUUUUAAUUAUUAAUAUGAAGGAUCGAAUUAAUUUAAAUAUAAUUCUGAAGUCUACAGAACUUUUAGUUCUAUGCUGUCUAUAUGUGGAUGCUUUGGUAAAAUGCAAAUUAUGAGAUGGAUGUUAUUGAUGGUCUGGUGAGAUGUUUCAUAUUUUUGACAGUUAAUUUAAAAACCAUGACUGAAUGCUGCCUCUGUCUAUGGGAUUCUGUCUUCUUUGAUAGCCAUUUAUUCAUCUGCAUCAUGGGGCCCUCUCUAAUCCUUCCACCAAUGAAAUAAGCUAUUGCUAUUGGUUUAGAGUUGAGACAUCAGUCUCAGAAACUUCUGAAACAUGCCUAAGCUAAUUCUGAAUUACCCAAGGAUUAUGUCAAAUUUUAAAAUAAAUGUGUGUGUGUGUUUUU